GGGAUAACUCGGCGAGUCUGAAGGUGGGCCGGCCGGGAAGUUCCUGGGCUCGCUCUCUUCUUCCUGUGGGCCGCCGAGGCACGUUCCCGGGCUCCGUCCCUUCCUUCCUUUCCUUCCUUCCUGCCUUCCGCGUGCGGUCGUGCUUCUUUAUUUCCUCCCCCCCUUCGCUGGAAGCGUCGGCCGCCCGAAAGCCGCUUCUCCUCUCACCGCCGUCAUGUCCGAAUCCGAGUCGCCGAAGGUGCCCGAACAGCUCCGGAAGCUCUUCAUCGGCGGGCUGAACUUCGAAACCACCGACGAGAGUCUGAAGCGCCACUUCGAGCAGUGGGGCACGCUCACCGACUGCGUGGUGAUGCGACACCCCAACUCCAAGCGCCCGCGGGGCUUCGGCUUCGUGACCUACUCCAGCGUGGAGGAGGUGGACGCGGCCAUGAACGCCAGGCCCCACAAGGUGGACGGGCGAGUGGUGGAGCUGAAGAGGGCCGUGUCCAGGGAAGACUCGCAGAGACCCGGGGCCCACCUGACCGUGAAGAAGAUCUUCGUCGGCGGCAUCAAGGAGGAGACGGAGGAGCAUCACCUGCGUGACUACUUCGAGCAGUACGGCAAGAUCGAAGCCGUUGAGAUCCUCACCGACCGGGACAGCGGCAAGAAGAGGGGCUUCGCCUUCGUGACCUUUGAUGACCCUGACACCGUGGAUAAGAUCGUCAUCCAGAAGCACCACACGGUGAAUGGCCGCUACUGUGAAGUAAGUAAAGCCCUGUCGAAGCAAGAGAUGGCUUCGUCCAGCCAAAGAGGUCCCAGUGGCUCUGGAAACUUUGGCGGCCGUGGACGUGGUUUUGGUGGCGGUGACGAUUUUGGUUGUGGAGGCUUUGGUGGUGGCGGAUAUGGCGACGACGGUGGGGACGGCUAUGAUGGAUUUGGUUUCGAUGGUGGCUAUGGAGGAGGCGGCCCUGGUUACUCUGGAGGAAGCCGAGGCUAUGGAAGAGGUGGACAGGGCUAUGGGAACCAGGGCAGUGGCUACGGCUGGGGUGGCAGCUAUGACGGCUAUAACCACAGAGGAGGAGGAGGCAGAGGCAGCUUUGGCGGCGGUAGUGGAAGCUACCAGGAGUUCUGCAGUUACAACCACCUAGCUUCGAAUUUCGGACCCAUGAAAGGAGGAAACUUUGGGGGCAGGAGCUCGGGCCCCUAUGGCGGUUCAGACCAGUAUUUUGCCAGACCACAAAACCAAGGUGGCUAUGGCGGUUCCAGCAGCAGCAGCAGCAGCAGUAGUUAUGGCCGUGGGGGAAGAUUUUAAUUACUGCCCCGGACACCAAGCUUAGCAAGAGAGGAGAACCAGAGAAGUGACCGGGAAGCUACGGGUCACAGUGGUGGCAGGGCGAAGAAGACAUGUGAUAGAACAAUACUCGUGUGUAUGGGCAAGAAAAGAAAAAAAAAGAAAAAGAAAAAGAAAAAAAAAAAACAACUCUCAAGGACUGUAUUUGUGACAAAUUGUAUAACAGGUUAUUUUAGUUUCAGUUCUGUGGAAAGUAUAGUGCAUUCCUCCAACAAAGGGUUUUAAUGUAAACUUUUUUUUUUCACCCAUGCUGUUGAUUGCUAAAUGUAAUAGUCUGAUCAUAGCGCUGAAUAAAUGUUUGGUUUUUUUUUAAUCAA